CUUUCUAAGAGCAAAUUCAUUUGACUUUGGCAGACAUGGACAAGUACGACAAGAUUGAAAAGGUGGGAGAGGGUACAUACGGGGUUGUCUACAAAGCUCGCGACCGGCACAGUGGGGAAAUCGUCGCUCUGAAGAAGAUCAGGUUGGAGACCGAAGAUGAAGGGGUACCGUCCACCGCGAUUCGGGAGAUUUCACUGUUGAAAGAGCUCAAACAUCCUAAUAUCGUAAGAUUGCUAGACAUAGUGCAUAAUGAUGCCAAGUUAUACCUCAUUUUCGAGUUCCUCGAUCUGGACCUAAAGAAGUACAUGGACACACAAUCUAACGGUCUCUCCGCACCCCUUAUUAAAAGUUACAUGUACCAGCUCAUCAAGGGUAUCCACUAUUGUCACUGCCACCGCAUCCUCCAUCGCGAUUUGAAGCCUCAGAAUUUGCUUAUUGAUCAACAGGGAAUGUUGAAGCUCGCUGAUUUUGGCCUUGCGCGGGCGUUCGGGGUUCCUCUACGUACCUACACCCAUGAGGUGGUCACACUCUGGUAUCGUGCACCGGAAAUCUUACUAGGCUCUAAACACUACUCAACGGCAGUGGACAUGUGGAGCGUGGGGUGCAUUUUCGCUGAGAUGUGUUUACGUCACCCUCUUUUUCCUGGCGAUUCUGAAAUCGAUGAGAUUUUCCGCAUAUUCCGAACACUAGGGACACCCAACGAGGAGAUCUGGCCGAACGUCACCACCCUGCCAGAUUAUAAGGAAAACUUUCCCAUCUGGACUGCACAAAACCUUGCAAAGGUGUUACCAAACCUUGAGUCCGAAGGUGUCGACCUCCUUUCGCGACUGCUAGUAUAUGAUCCCGCACAACGCCUCUCUGCCAAGCGUGCACUAUCGCACCCAUAUUUUGCGGACGUCGACACAUCUAAAUCUUUGUGAAUUUAGAUCAUGUGGCCAACGAUGAGCUCUGGGCUUGCUUUUGCUACGGUAAUUGACGGAGAUAAUGGCGCAUGUACGCCAACAGUAGAUCGCACGCAUUUCGCAGCAUCACGCCCAUUCUAGCUUAUGUACAGAUAUGUCGUUAAUCUUCGCUUCCCUUCAUGUAAUGUUAAAGGAUGCAAAUAUAUAUUUGCUAGCAACUGUACGUCGGCAG